CAUCUGCAGUCGGGCCGACGAGAUGCUGCGCCACCUGCUCCGCCACGAGAACAACAAGGUCUUCGUCCUGAUCCUGCUCUACUGCGUCCUGGUCAGCAUCCUGAAACUCUGCACGGCGCAGGCAGAGAAUUCCCUAACCGCCACAGAUAAUGACAUCACUCAUCUCGGAGACGAUUGCCAGGUGACGCCCGUCAUUCAUGUGCUCCAAUAUCCUGGCUGUGUGCCCAAACCGAUUCCCUCGUUCGCCUGCGUGGGUCGCUGUGCAAGUUAUAUUCAGGUUUCGGGCAGCAAAAUCUGGCAGAUGGAGCGGUCGUGCAUGUGCUGCCAGGAGUCUGGCGAGCGGGAGGCAGCCGUCUCCCUCUUCUGCCCCAAAGUGAAGCCCGGCGAGAGGAAGUUCAAGAAGGUGCUGACCAAGGCUCCGCUGGAGUGCAUGUGUCGGCCGUGCACCUCCAUCGAGGAAUCCGGCAUCAUUCCACAGGAGAUCGCAGGGUAUUCGGACGAGGGUCCUCUGAACAAUCACUUCCGGCGCAUCGCACUGCAGUAG